GUGACAUCACAAGAGGUUGGAUGGAAUGAUGGGAGAAUCUCUCCUUUCAGCCUCGGCUGGACCGGAAGCCGAUGGCCGCCCGCAGGGAUGGGAAGCAAUGACGGGGUGAAAAUGGCAUGAGCUGAGAUUUGGGGGCUCGUCCGGGAUCAUGGCGGAAUAUUAUUCUGAAGAAUACAAGGUGGCAACGAACACCUCAGAUGAUGCCGUGUACGUGAGGCAGGAGAGAGACAUUUCCAUGAUGAGAACCCUCAACCUGUCUCAGCUUUUCCAUGGUCUGGAACCCGGCGAGGACACCACAAGACCCAACAACACGAAUGACAACUUACAACCAUCGGAGGAGCCCGACGUGUCCACCCGGAGGAUCUCCUUUCCUCCCUCAAUGAACACUCCACCAAAUAGUUUGGCAUCAGUGCGACAUCCUGCAGGAUCUCAUGCCGAAAGCAUGGGAGGGCCUUCCAAGGAGAAGGAAGUGAUACCUGAAGAAGGGAGCUUGGACUCAAUCCACCAACCACCUCAGGAAGGAGACAAGGAGCAGGUUCUGUCUCACAUAUUCGCAGAGGUAGAUCCCAACUAUCAGCCUGGGGAAACGAAGGAGGCAACAAUCCCCCAACAAGUACAAACACAGAGUGAGUCUGAGGAAGAGGCCUUCCGCAGAGCAGAGGAGAUAAGGAGAGGGUCGUUUCGCCCAUACGUGACGAGCCAGUCGCUUGAGACCGUGCUCUCUCAAGACCCACUGACGGAGCCGUCGUGGAAGGCGAUGGACUGGCCGGCGGGUCUCCCGUCUUCCUCGGAGUCGUCCGGGCGUUCGAAGGAGACCCAGGAUUCCCACGGAUCGGGCCGCACCUUGGAGAAGCGGCCGACGCUCCAGUGGGCCCCCUUGCCGAGCUUCGAGUCAGAUUCAGAGAUACCGUCAGUUCCCCGAGUCAUCUCAUCGCUCGAUUCGCGGAAGGUCUGCGUGCCAUCCUCACGAGAGACCUCCCCAAACGCUCGGGUGAUGUCCGAAAAGUCUUCUGUCUCCAUCGAUAAAUCCGUGAGAGGGAAGUUUCCAACCCACUACUCAAACUCCGGGUCCGGCUCAGAAAGGGAGACUGUGCUCCGAACGGAAACGAAGGAGGGAGUGGACUGGAAAGCGGACAUGCCACCUUCUUUCAUGUUGGUCCGGUCAGGGAGUUCCCUGCAACGUGGGAAAGACAAGUCCUUCCACAACAUGGUGGGAGAGAUCGUCGCCCAGAUCCGGGACGCCGAGAACGGGCCCCAGUCGGCCAUGGUCAACAGCAUCAACGCCUUUGUGGAGUCGCCCGUCGGGCAAGUCUUCUCCGCCACCAUUGACAGGGCUCUGGAGAAGACCGAGGAGUGGCUGAACUAUUACCUCCCUCUGCCAAACGGCAGCCCGGAGCAAGUCGAAACCCCGGUCGGCUCGGAGGAGAUGUGCACGGCGGCUCCCCUGGAGCUUUACAAGGAAGGCUGCUUCAUGCGCAUCAACUCCCUCUCGAUGCAACUGCGCAGCCGGGCGUUCAACUACCUGCUGCGCCACCUCAAGGCCACCCGCCAGAGCACCGGCCAGAACCUCUCGCUCCUCGACGAGGUCUUGAAGCUGACGGACAACUCCCGCCACAUGGGCAACUCCAAUUUGCCUAAAAUCCCGGGCCCGCUCGGGAAGCUCUGGCCGGGCAAGACGGAUAACAAAGGCCGCCCGUCGGCAACCAGGGCGGCCAUGGAGUCCAUCACCUUCCUGCCAGAGCAGCUGGAGAUGAAGGCACUGGGUCUCACGCGGAGCCUGGCGCAGGAGCUGUACAACAUGUACAAGAACCUCCUUCCGCACGUGCCGGAGCUGCCCCUCCACCUGCAGGAGAAGGCCACCCAGGUGUGCCUGAACCUGGAGGAGCUGCAGUCCCACCUGUCCUUGGCCUCCUCCGUGAGGGACCUGCCCGCCAGCCUGGUCCAGCAGAGCCGCCAGCGCAUCGCCAACGCCAAGGAGAACCUGGAUGAGAUCCUGGAGUUCAUGGGGAAGAACCCGCCCGCCCAGUGGCUGCAGAAGAACGCCUCCAAGGUGGCCGGCAACGGGCCGUUCUUUUCGCUCAGGGACAAGCCGCAGGCCGGCGCCAGCAACGAGGACGCCUCCACUUCACAAAAAGACCCCGAACCGGAAUCGCCUCCCACGCCUCAGCCCACUCCACCACACCUUUAGUCCGGGUUCUGGACUCCUUCAAAAGCCCAGGUUCCAGACCCAUCCAAAAGACUGGGUUCCAGACUCAUCCAAAAGCCCGGAUUCCAGACCCAUCCGAAAGCCCAGAUUCCAGACUCAUUCAAAAGCCCAUGUUCUAAACUCUUCCAAAAGCCCAGGUUCCAGACUCAUCCAGAGACCGGGUUCCAGACUCCUCCAAAAGCCCAGGUACUAUACUCUCCCAAAAGCCCAGGUUCCAGUCUAAUCCAAAAGCCUGGGUUCCAGACUCAUCCAAAACCCAUCUUGCAGACUCAUCCAAAAGCCUGGGUUCCAGACUCAUCCAAAACCCAUCUUGCAGACUCAUCCAAAAGUCCGGGUUCCAGACCCAUCCAAAAGCCCAGUUCUAGACUUAUCCAGAAGCCUGGGUUCCAGAUUCAUCCAAAAGCACAGGUUCAGGACUCAUCCAAAAGCCUGGGUUCAAGACUCAACAAACGCCUGGGUUCCAGACUCACCCAAAAGCCCGGGUUCCAGACCCAUUCGAACGCCCAGAUUCCAGACUCAUUCAAAAGCCCAUGUUCUAAACUCUUCCAAAAGCCCAGGUUCCAGACUCCUCCAAAAGCCCAGGUUCUAUAUUCUCCCAAAAGCCCGGGUUCCAGUCUGAUCCAAAAGCCUGAGUUCCAGACUGAUCCAAAACCCAUCUUGCAGACUCAUCCAAAAGCCCAUGUUCCAGACUGAUCCAAAAGCCCGGGUUCCAGACUGAUCCAAAACCCAUCUUGCAGACUCAUCCAAAAGCCCGGGUUCCAGACUGAUCCAAAAGCCCGGGUUCCAGACUGAUCCAAAAGCCCGGGUUCCAGACUGAUCCAAAACCCAUCUUGCAGACUCAUCCAAAAGCCCAUGUUCCAGACUGAUCCAAAAGCCCGGGUUCCAGACUGAUCCAAAACCCAUCUUGCAGACUCAUCCAAAAGCCCGGGUUCCAGACUGAUCCAAAAGCCCGGGUUCCAGACUGAUCCAAAAGCCCGGGUUCCAGACUGAUCCAAAACCCAUCUUGCAGACUCAUCCAAAAGCCCGGGUUCCAGACUGAUCCAAAACCCAUCUUGCAGACUCAUCCAAAAGCCCGGGUUCCAGACUGAUCCAAAACCCAUCUUGCAGACUCAUCCAAAAGCCCGGGUUCCAGACUGAUCCAAAACCCAUCUUGCAGACUCAUCCAAAAGCCUGAGUUCCAGACUGAUCCAAAAGAGCAGUUCUAGACUUAUCCAGAAGCCUGGGUUCCAGAUUCAUCCAAAAGCACAGGUUCAGGACUCAUCCAAAAGCCCGGGUUCCAAACUCAACAAAACGCCCGGGUUCCAGACUCAUCCAAAAGCCCAGGUUCCAGACUCAUCCAAAAGUUUGGGUUCCAGACUCAAGUGAGCUUCCUUCCUGAAUAAACUCCCUCCACCAAACAA